GCUCGCGUGUCCUCAGUGUUUUUCUCUCUUGAGUGUUUUAAACCGAGUCUUGUCUCUGUGUAUUUCAGUGUUAAUGAUGAGAGAUGUGAUGUGCUGUAAAUCAGUAGGAACUGAUCUGUCCAUGCUGGAUAUUGAUGAUUUCAUCACAGAAAUCUCUCAGCUGAAGAAAGAGGUGGCCUUACUGGAGACAAAGCUGAGGUUAAGAGGAGAUGAAGGACUGAACAGAGAGGUUUGUACAGCUUAUACCUGUGGGAGCUCCAGUGAAUGUCUGGAUUCAGUGUGGACGAGCAGAGAUCAGAGCCGCACACCACAACCACAGCUGGACUCUGAAGAGAAAUUCAGACACACACAGGACUCCGAGCUCAGUCUGACUUUACUCUGUUAUACUGAAUCAAAUCCCACAGACACUCAGGACACCACAGUGUGUGACAGUAAACAGGAUGAUGAAUCUACUGAUCAUCAAACCUCCACAGAGUCUCUGGAUUCUGUCUGUAACGCUGGAGAACAGCAGCAGAUCCUGCAGACCAAACUCAACAUGUGUUCAGUCAAACUCCUCGACUGUAGAAACCUCAUGAUGAAGAUGAGAAAAGAAAACACAGCUGAGGAAGAUCACGCUGAGGAAGAAGAUGACUGUGAUGAUGACGAUGAUUUUAUACCCUCAGAUGUGAUGAGUGAACCAUGUUCGGAUGAAGAAAUAACCUCUUCGACAUCAAAAGAGCGUCGGACAGCACAAACUCUUUCCUGCAUCACCUGUGGAAAGACAUUGAGCUCACAGAGACAUUUAGAGAGACAUGAGAGAAAACACACCGAACAGAAACUCUUCACCUGCAAAAGAUGUAAGAUCAGCUUUACUACCUUACAAGAGAAGAAACUUCAUUCAGAAGAGCACAAAGAGAAGAAGCCGUUUUACUGUCAGCAGUGUGGGAAGAAUUUUUUUACAACAACGUCUAAUAUAAAUGCUCACAUAAAAAGACACAGCGAUAAAAAGUCUUUCCACUGCAGGGAAUGUGACAAAUAUUUCAGCACCAAAGGAAAUCUUGUUCUUCACAAGAGAAUUCACACAGGAGAAAAACCAUACAAGUGUCCUCAGUGUCAGAAGAGAUUCAGAAUAGAAUCAGGUUGGAAGAAGCACAUGCGUUUACACACCAAUGAGAGACCUUAUCAAUGCAGUGAAUGCGGAAAAACAUUUAAGCAUCCGUGUAGUCUUGUAUCACACCAAAAGACACACACUGAGGAGAAACUUUAUCAAUGUUCACACUGUGAUAAACGUUUUAGUCAUAAACCACACAUGAAAGUCCACGAGAGAAGUCACACUGGAGAAAAACCUUACGUCUGCUCUCACUGUGGAAAAAGAUUUUCAGAUCCGUCUCAUUUCAGAGUUCAUAAGAGAAUUCACACCGGAGAGAAACCUUAUCAUUGUAAUGUCUGUGGGAAGAGUUUUAAUCGACAUCACAUUUUAUUGUCACAUCAGAGAACUCAUACAGGUGAAAGACUUUAUAAAUGCUCUCAGUGUGAGAAGACGUUCGCUCGACCAGAUGCCCUGAGAACCCAUCAGAGAGUUCACACCGGAGAGAAACCUUACGUCUGCUCCAUUUGUGGAGAAAGAUUCACUUAUUUGGGAGGUUUUUAUACUCACAAGAAGAAACAUACUGAAGAACAAACUACACUUGAAUCACAUUAGUUUCUGUUUAUUUAGAAGUUUCAUGCUGAUUGGAAGCCAAAAACAAUGGGUCUCAUUCACUAAGCAUGCAUAUGUAAAAAUUUGUGCAUGAGAUGUGUAUGGAUGUUUUCACAAACAUAUCAUGAUUAAACCAAAACUUUGGUAUCAAAAUUUAUUUUAAUGCAUGAAAAAAAUACAUAUGCUAUAAUCAAAUACAAGGCUAUUAUUAUAUAAUAUGUUGAUGUAUAAAAUUGACAUUAUUAUAUUUUAUACAACAGUUCACAAAUCUGAUUUGAAAAAUGAUAAUUAUUGUUUUUAAGAAUGUUAAAAAUUAGGUGAAACAAAUCUUAUUUGUUUCAAAUGCUUGUUAAAGAGAACUUGGGACUUAUUUAUAAAAUGCUGCAUAGAAAACGUCCUAAAUUUGACCUCACAAUCAUUUCUUAAAACAAGUGCGAUUCAUAAAACGAACGAAUGCACAGAACACCAAUAUGAAAUUAAUAAAGAGAAUAAAUCCAAAAACUUGCAGCAAUCGUACAAGCAAAAGUGCAUACGUCUGCUCAGACCCUGACGUGGUGCUUUUCCAUGUCAAAGACAGUUUUAAUAAAUAUGGACUUUGCCGUGGAUUUUUGCGUAUGCACACUUUACCAUCAGAUCUGUGCAUACGCACCCUUUAUAAAUGAGGCCCCUGGUGCUGUACCGGUGGGCUUUAUCUUUCACCAUAAAAAGGACAUUUUGUGUCAACUAACUAGCAAGACAUAGUUGCAUAAUGGUCUAUAAUUUUGUAGUUUAACAUUU